CGGAAGUAGGGGAGGAAACUGUACACACGUGUGUUCCUGCAGAUUUGAAGGUUACAGAAGAAGCAGCGAGUAGGACUCUUGUCUUGUGUCCGCAGGAGAGGGCCACCAGGACGGUGUGUGUGUUUGGUUGAAGCCGGGUGUGAGCAGCAGAGACGCGCAGACAUGGAUCCCAUGAAGGCACAGCAGCUGGCAGCGGAGCUGGAGGUGGAGAUGAUGGCUGACAUGUACAACCGAAUGACCAACGCCUGCCACAGGAAGUGUGUACCGCCACAUUACAAGGAGGCAGAGCUGACAAAGGGCGAGUCGGUAUGCCUGGACCGCUGCGUGGCAAAAUAUCUGGACCUUCACGAGAAGCUGGGACGCAAGCUGACAGAGCUCUCAGUCCAGGACGAGGAAAUGAUGAGGAAAGCAGCUGUCGGGAGCGGAUAGAGACACCGAUGAAGGAAAUGACACGGGGAAUCGUUAAGUUACGGGAUUGGGGUAGCAUAUCUGGUUUCUCUAAAAUAAGAGACUGGUGUUUUAAUGUAAAGGGUGGGUAGAUAAAACAACAUGUAAAAUGAAUGCUGGGGUCCAUUGAGACAGACUGCCUCCUCUGCUGCAGUAGAGGAUGAUUACAAAGGACGGGUGUGGAGGACGCACCGGAGCACUUAGCAUAUCUUGAAACUGCUCAGAGCGAUCCACUGGCCUCUCUGGAUCAGUCUGAUUUGUUGUACGUUCAUCUCGGACUGGUCCUCAAGAAGUCACCUGAAAAUUGACUGGAAGGAAGAAAGGCCUAGGACAUGUAACAUAAUUUCCAUAUUUCCAUACUUUGUGCUUGUUUUCUGCUGCUCAGAAACUCCAUUACUUUGUUGUUGCUGUUGAACCUUUGUGCUACCAACCAUCUGGUACUUGCUGCAGGUUAAAACAAACACUAGGAAUGAUUUGAAAUCAGUCUUUGAUCCCAGAUCACCCUCUGAACCCAUUUUUCACAUUUACAAGUCAUCUCUUAUGCAGACAAAGUAGUGUCACUUCUGUACGAAACCUCGAAAUACAGCAAAUCAAAUACAUGGAUUAUGUACAGCGGUAUUGUGUGAGCCAAAAUGUCUUUUUAUACAACACAAUAUGCAUGUUCUUUUGUUUUUUUUUCCCCCAGCUGUGAAACAAACAAGGUUAAAGAGCUCAUAGCUGGGCCUCUCUGGUUACAUGGAUGUGUGUUGAAGAUGCACUGAACUUUGCAUAUUUUUCAUGGCUGUGUAGAAAGUGUUGUGCUGUAUGUCAGUGGACCAUGUUUUUUGACUGAUG